AAAAGUUUUAUCUGUGCGAUUAACUGAUUUUUACUUUUUGUGCUUGCAUUUGUGUUUCUUAAAAGGUUAAUUCUUUAAAAUAAUAUUAUAUAAAUAAUCUAAGUUACUCCUGUCAUUGUUUAUAUCUUUUUCUUCACAUUAUGUGAUUGUAUUAUUUUAUUACAUGAUUGACAAUUUGCUAACAAGCAAUACAAAAUGUCUGACGAUAUUGAUAUAGAGGAGCACGACAUCCUGGACAACCCUCAGAUCAAGGACAUGCUGCCGCAGAUCAUCAGCAUCAAGUCCGAGCCUCUGGAUUUGGAUGAAGAAGAAUUCGAUGAAUAUGACAACUCCCAUUACGAGUACACUGAAGAUGACGGGACUCCAAAUCCAGAUCUAGAAGAAUCCACAGAACUGAUCUACCACAGCAACAACAAGAUUAUUUUGGGAUCGAAACCAGCUGCACCGGUAAGCAAUAUACAUUCCCAGGUUAGGAUACUGCUAGAAGACUGGAGAGAAAGAUUGGAAAGCAGCGAUUGUUACUGCAAAGAAUGCCAAAUACUUUUCGCCACCAGGAAUGGCAUUGAUUCCCAUAAUAUGGCCAGCCACUCGUUUCUAAUUCCUUUAGAGGAGGAAAUAAUGACUAACACAGCUAGAAAGUCCACAACUCAGACACAAGGCAACAUAUAUACAGCUAGAAAAAGUACAAGCUUCGUAUCAAUGAAUGUUGCUCGCAAAAGCACUCAGCCACUUUUUAACGUGGCUAAGAAAACUACAGCGCGAAAAAGCACUGUCACACCCAAAAGUACAACAAACACGGCCAGAAAAAGUACCAGUGCAAUGGCCAGAAAUGUAACAUCUGAUAUUGUUAAAAAGGUGGACAUUGUAGGAAUUACUAGUACUAAAUAUUGUAAUCAUUGCAACAAACAUUUCUCGGACAACACACUUCUUAUAACACAUCUAUACGAACUAUUAACAUCUAAUUCCAAUACAGACGAUGCUAAAAAUAAUGAUAAAGGAGAAGACGUACCAAAGACGUCGAGAAUCCCGUAUCAAUGCUACAGGUGUUCUGUAUGCUCGUGUUAUUAUCGAAACCUUAAAAAAUAUCAGGCGCAUAUGAAAAUGAAUCACAAUCAAGUCACAUUAACAAACGAAAAAACAGUGCCUUACGUACCAAAAUGUCUCUUAUGCGGUACAACAUUCAAACACUUCCCGAGUUACAACAAACACAUAAAACAUAUGCACUUUAGAAUUUUUAGAAGCAAAAUUGAUAGAGCCAACACAAAAAUUCUGUGUACCGUUUGCAAAGAGACUUUCGCCAAUGUUAAGACGGCGAGACGCCACAGAGCACUGCUGCACCCGGAAUUUAUUAACAAAAAUAUAUUAAAGACUAUUAAAGGGAAAUGUGCGAAAACAUCACAAACUAUAUCUACUGACUGUGAUGAAUUUGUUAAGAAAACUCCUACCAGCAAAACCACUGAUAGUGUAAACUACAAGUUCCCUAUACCAAAAUCAGUCCUGUUCAAAUGUAACGAAUGCCAAACUCACUUUAUGAGCUGCGCCUCUUCCGUGGGCCACGUGAAUUGGUGCCGCCAAGGCUUAGGGAAUAAAGCGCCCAAUGUAGCUUGCAGCAAAUGCAAGCGCCUAUUUAAAUCCGCUGACAUCGAUGCCCAUUACAAACAGCACACCUUUACUGAUAAGCUAAGAAUUUAUAUAAUACAUGACCACAUGCAUUCGAGAGUCGCAUGUCGAUGUCCCAAAUGCAAUUUGUAUUUCGACGAAAAGAAAUUUCUCAGUCACUUCAAAGCGGGCUGUAUCAAGUCGAAACCAGUCCUCUGUACGGUCUGCAAUCUUAAUUUUCACAAAAACAGUAUAAUAUACCACCGAAAGAUACACCAUAUUAGAAAAUUCAUCCGUGCUGACUUCAUUUUAGUCGAAUUCAUAGAUAAUACUCUGAAGAGUUUGAAGAGAAAAUUGGACACAGUCGAAGCGAGUCCUAAACUUUUAAAGAAGGAAGGAACAAAUUCUAAGUUUCCAAAAGAAUACUACGGCCCAAAAGUUCUUCUGUAUUGCAGUAUUUGUGAAACCUAUUUUAGAACAGUGACAACUCAUAGAAACAAACAUUACCACUUGCAAGGGGGAUGCAGGGAAUCAACCAAGUUUCAUUGCGUGUACUGUGCUUUGACUUUUAGGACUAUUACUUCUUUGCAUAUACAUCUGAAUGUUCACAAGACACCAAAUGUUAAAUUAAGCGACUUUACGUUUCUCAGUCUCAGAGAUAAAAAGCCAAUUGUUCCUCCAUUACCUGAUCUUCCUUUCUGCGAAACGUGCAAAGUUUUCACUGUAAAGAAAAAAGCACAUGAAUGUAAUAGAGUGAAUAUUAAAAAAUGCAACAUAUGCCGCAAGUUCUAUGAUGAAUUGACAUAUAAUAUUCAUUUAACUUACCAUAAAUACAAAAUAAAGAGUAAUAAAGAUGUAGCAGGUAAAAUGCCCACACUAAUGGAGAAAUACCAAUCGUUAACGACUACAUGGAACAUUUUGUACACGUGCGAAUCAUGCAACACGACGACUGAUUCGUACGACAAAGUAAUAGAACAUUGUCAGAAUCAUUUCAGUAAUCUAGAACAUUAUGAUGUAACGAUAAAGAAUUGCAACAUUUGUGGUCUCAACUUCGACAUGCCGUGUUACUUGAGGCACCUCGAGGUGCAUAAAGGUUACCAAAGCAUAAAUCGAGAGUCGUUCAAGAUUUUGACAUUCGAUUACAGUAAAUUAUUUUCAACGAAAUGGUUGGAAUUGUUCCAAAAUAUUUCCACAAUACAGACGCAACAGAUCUUAGCCAAGAGUAUAUACGUGGCAAUUGAUGUGAAGAUGCGACUUUUGGCAGACGGUUUUCCCGAGUUGACCAUUUAUAAAUGUAAAAAAUGCAAUAUCUUCGUUGAUCCCGACAUCGUUUCGGACCAUGUGCAUAGCAAUUCGUGCUGUAAUUCUGAACAGUACGAAUGCUCUACCUGCUACAUACCUUUCACAACAUUAUUAGGCCAAAAGAAACACGAGAAACUGCAUAAUACUUGGGGAGAGGAUAAAUCUUUUAGGGUUGUCGGAUUUAACGAGAUUCAAGAUGAAGAAUUCAAUGAAAUUUUAAAAAUGAAUAAGGACGAAUCGAAAGAUAACACCAGGAAUGAAUAUCCGGAUUAUUACGAGGAUGCCGAAGUGCAGAAUGAAUCUGAUGAGAAAUUCAAAAUUAAAAAGAAGUAUAAAUUAUACAAAUGCAUUAAAUGUAAUAUAACAUUAUUGAGUAAUAUAAAAUUGAAAGGUCACGUGUGUGUAAAUGUAAAAGAUACAAAAGUUUGCGAUAUAUGUAACCACGUUUAUCCUAGAGGACGGAUUAGGAAACAUUUAAAAUAUCAUAGUAUGCAUCCGAAAUUCACUAAAGGCAACAUUGUAACAGUUUUAUUCGAUCCUGAUAAAAAGAAUGCAAUAGUUCUUCAACGGAAUACACAAACGUCAGCACGGGAUGAAAAGGGUAAUUCUAUUGCGAACAGUUCCGACAAUGUUUUUAAUGUAUACCAGUGCAGAUGCGGGUUGCAUUUUACUUCGGAACAGAGUUUGGGCAUUCAUAUAGAUGUGUGCUCCCCAGAAGUUGUUAUACCUAAAGAGAAUUGCAGCAAAUGUGGACUUUUGUUCCCGACUCAAUCGUUAGUGAGCCACUUGUGCAGUCACCACAGCAAAGGAGAAAGCACAAUAGUGGUGAAGCAAUUUGUGACAUUCUACAAGUGCGGUCUAUGCAAAUUACUAUUCAGUCACAUGCCAACUCUCACCAAGCAUCUAAAGUCUUGCGAUUCCUCGCCGAUAUCGGAAAGAUGCACCAUCUGUAAUAUGGAUUUCCACAGACAAGUAAUCACUGCGCAUAAAGCAAAACACCGUAGAGUAAAGAAUAUAGAGAAGAGACCAAUUGAAAUUAUAACAAUCAGUAAAAACGGUAAUGUUAUUAAUACUGAAGUAGUCGAUUUACAAACAUCGAGCGGUAAUGAUGAGAUAUGGAAAACCAAUGUUGAAAGCAAAGUUGUUAAGUCGUCCAGAACAUUAUAUAAAUGCGCCAGAUGCGACAUUCACUACAUGACUGAGAAGUCUCUCAGAUACCAUAUAGAUAUGAAACAUGCCAUACAAGGAGUUGCAAAGUGUCCUAUCUGCGAUCUUACAUUUACAAGGCAUUCAAUAAACAGGCAUACAUACACUCACCAUAUUUUACUAAGAUGUAGACUCGAAGAUUUUAAUGUGAUUAGCAAAUCGACUGUAGAGCCACGUGUUUCUUUCAAAGAGGAGAUAGAUUCUGACAGAGAUACGACCUUAGACGAUGAAGAUGACAGUAAGACAUAUAUUCCCAAAAGAAAGGUUAAAAAUAAGCAAGCACCAAAGGCGACGUCCAUAGACUUGAACAGUUACAAUGAAAAUCUCUACAAGUGUUCAAUUUGUUCUGUAUGCUUCUUGGUACAGAGUUCAUUGAUGAAACAUCAGUCUAAAAACGUACACACAAUUAGGUCAGAACAAUGCUCAAUGUGUGGUUGUUAUUUCACAAUAAAGUCGUUGAUACGACAUAAGUAUAUACACCAUGAGAAAUUACAGAUCAUGGAAUUUUACGUUCACGGCGAUGGGACUAGCCCUAAAAUCGUUACAACCAAAUACAAAUCCAAAAUAGAUAAAGAUGCAUGCAACAGUUCUAAAAUAUCUGGUACGGAUUAUGAUGAUUCAUUAGAUAGUAAAUCUAAUGCUGAAAUGGAUAACACUUCAAAUAUUUCUAUAACCGACACGAAAAAUAUGGAGAUAACGAAAAAAAUAAUAGAUCAAUCCAUGGAAACGGAUGCAAACUACUACAGUAAUAAACUUUACAAAUGUUUAGUGUGUUCCUUGUGUUUUUUGAGGCCGACCACGCUGUCGAGGCAUGAAUAUGUCAACAAACACGAACAGUCGAGAGAAGAAUGCACGACGUGCGGCUAUUAUUUCACAAAAAACUCAUUGAUGCGACAUCAGUACGUGCACCAUGAGAAAUUACUUAUUAAAGAAUUUGACAUUGUUACCAAUAGUGAAGAUUCUAAAUCCAAUUCAAUAUUAAAAGACAAAGAAACGGCCAAUGAUUCUGAAAUAUCUAAUAAUGAUGACAAGGAACCGGUAGAAAUGUCGAAUGCUUCAGAUGAUGAGAGUACUGAGAAACGUGCGAUGACACAGUACAAGUUGUCACAGUCGGUCCUUUCGAAGCUAGAUGUGUGGAGGUAUAACAAAAAUUUAUAUAAAUGUAGCGUGUGCUCAGUGCACUUCCUCAAAGAGCACACUUGUCUGAACCAUCUCAAAACAUCCGACCAUAAAUCAGUAACGGUGGAUUGCGGUACGUGCGGCCUCAACUUCAGUAAUUACAGUCUUCCCCGACAUAUCUACAUCCAUCACGAGAAACUAAACUUGAAACGUGAAGACUUUGUUAUUUUCAACAUAACUUUGAAUGUUUUAGACGAUGUAAUAAAAGAAGUUGCACAACCCAAUACUGAAGACCAAAAUGUAUCCGAUAAAGUCUCAAAGGAAAACCUAGUAUCACAAAGUAACACUGCAGACACUGUAGACAAAGACAAGAGUGUAGUUUCAAAUAAACCCUCAGCAUCGACUAGAAAAUAUAAAAUAGAGUUAUUCAAGUGCGGAGAUUGUAAUGUUUUCUUUUUAACGCGGAAAUACUGCUGCCAACAUGUAUACGACCAUACGCCGCUGCUUGCGAAAGACUAUAUUGAAUGCAAACUAUGCGGUUUUCAAUUUAAAACAGUUUCUCUCUAUUUGCAUAUGAAGAAACAUCAUAACACUGAUUUUAAUUUAAAAGACAUAUUAAUAGAAGAGUACCGUCAAGAUCUGAAGAAUGGUGAGCCGCAAAUAGAAAUCUAUUACGCCGAUGAUAGAGAUCAAUCUGGAUUGGUUAGCACUACAGCCGAGAUUAGUGACGCUGCGACUGAAAUUAAAAAUGCAGAAACACCAAAUACAAUAGAACAAGUUAAUACGAAUGUAGACGUAGAAAAUGAUAAAAAUGACAGCGCCAGUGUUAACGACGAUUCAAAUUUUAAUCAAUUAGCUGUAAUAGAUAGUGAUUCCAAUAUAAAUAAAUUAUCAAAUGUAAAUAUUAACACAGAUGAUAAUAGUAAUCCAAGUGGACUUAUAGACAAUAAUAAUGUAGAAGUAAUUAAUGAAAUAGCAACCUCGACACCACAACCAAAACAAACAGAGAAAGACAGCGAUAUUAGAAAACAGGUUACAGACAAAUGUGAAGAUGCAGAUAAAGGAUUAGAAAAUAACAUUGUAAAAAUUGAAAAUGAUAUAAUACAAUGUAAUUACUGUACAGAGACAUUCAAAAAUCAAAGAGCCAGAGAGUUCCACGAGAGCUUGGACCAUUUAGACGAGCCGCAGAACUGUCAGAUAUGUGGGAAAAGUUUGAACUUGUCCAUUUUGAAUGAACUACACUUGAGCAUAAAGGAGGGCAUGUUCACGUGUUGUAUUUGUAAUGAAAAGUAUAAUGUCAAUGAAAUGAGCGAUCACAGUGCGACACAUCAGGUAUUAGACAAAGACAUUUGAUUAUAACACGUCUUGUUUAUUACUGGGGAAAGGGAAAUGGGAAUGUUCAGUUGAUAUAGAAGGUCGUAUUACAAGAAAAUACGUAAGUAUUACAUGAUGAUGAUGAUGAUUACAAGAAAAUAGCUAAAUUUGAGAUAGAUACUGUUGAUCCCAAAGGUUGACUGGUAGAGUAUGCUACUAGCAUUAAUUCCGCCUUUCGAGCCAUAUUUUGUUUGAUCAUUAAAGUUAUUUAAAUUAAAUGAACAGAUCUAGACAUCCUACUAUCUUAUUACAAAAGUAUGCCUAAAAUCUGUCUGGGUCUAAGUAAGAAAAAGUAUAUGUCUUUAAAAAUAAAAGGGGUUUAAAGUAAAAAAAAAAAAAAGAUUUAGUUGUUGCGAAACAUUUGUAAGGACACGAUGAGGUCGAUUCUGAAGCGCCAUUUGUCUAAACUUAUAAAUAAAAUUUAAAAAUGGAGAACAUUUCGAGAUAGGUUUAGCGAAAUGGCGUCGUGGAAUCGGCCCCAAAGUUAUCGUAACACUUCUAUCACAGUUCUAUCUCCAAAAUUUUAAAUUUGAAUUUCAUAUUGCAGUAAAAUUAUUAGCUAUUCUUUGGGCCAAUAUUUGGCACAUAUCUACUUUAAUUAUUACACUGUAUUGUCUCUAUCUUUCAAAUAUAGACUUUAGUGUAAAAGAAAGAGGCAAAACAACGUUAAAUAGCUAAAAUUUUUUAUGAAAACGGGGGUAUUUUUUGUAAAUUGCAUAAUAACUUUAAUUCUUGAUAAUCCAUAACCAUAAGUCUUGCUACACUAUCGAAUUAACUUGAAGAAAUAGUAGCUCAGGAUGGACUUCGGUCUUUAAGCUGUUUAGAAAAUAGUUGAAAUAUUGAAAUUGAAAAUUGGACAUUGCAAAUUGUAUUUCCCUUUAAUUUUAUUGAUGAAUUAUGAUGAUUAAGUAUUUGUCCUACCUCAGUUUGUGAGUAGAAUGUACUUAGCUGUUAAUAUUUAUUACUUUACAAAAGUAUAAGGCGUAGGUGAUACAUACCAAUACUCUAUCUAUUGAAGUCACAAUAUCUAUAUAAUAACGGAUACAUUAGAUAUCAGUUAUUAAAUACUAUAUACAGAACUGAAUUCCAUCGAAAUAUCCGGCUAGUGUGGGCGAUAUCGAAAUGGAGUUAUGUCUUUGUUUUUCCCUCGCCAAUAUCCAACUCAAUAUAUAGGUAUUGGAGUCGAUAUCCACGUUUGCUGAGAAUAAAUAUGUACGUAGGACCGACGCUUCCGUGAAUUCAGUAAUUACUGUGCUACACUGCCAGCCCGCGUCCUGUUUAAAGUUAGGGCUCGCAAGUGACAGAUACUGCAUUGAGAGCUUACAGCUCGCUCACUUGUAGCGUAAAAGAAUAUGUGACAACCCUCCCAAUUUUAUUGUGAAUAAUUUUAGUAUAUAAGUAUAAUUUAUAUUGAUAAGUUCAAAAGCUGAAGUUGUCUAUUCCAGAAAUACUUUUUUUUUUGUAUUAGAUACUCAGUGCUUCUUAUUAGUAAUAUAUCUGUUAAGGCAUACAUAUUUUUAUAUCUAAUAUCUAAGGGACCUUUUUAUGCAAAACAGACGUACCUAAUAAGGUUUUUUAAGGGUUGACAACGCGCGCUUGACAUCCCUUAUCUUACAGGCGUCCAUAGAUUACGCUAACCCUGUUUACUAUCAGACGGGCCGAUUGCUUGUUCGCCACUAAAGUAGUUUAAAAAAAAAAGGUGUUACAAAUACGACUAUGAACUUGUUCAAUUUAUAAUGAUUUGUAAAUAUUACUUUAAUUGUAUGAAAUAUAUAUAUAUUUUUUAAGUUACUGCUGAUUUUAAAAAUUUUGCUGCGAUUAGUGAUUACUCUGUGGUUGCGAAUGUAUCGUAUUUUGUAUUAGUUUACAUUUGUCACUUGUGGUGUUUUUGACGUUUUGUAAAUGUCAAAAUUGGCGGGAAGUGCAUGUAGUAAAUGAGGUUGAUUAUGUAAUACAUCAUUUUUUUCCUUUAUUCAUAUAUGUCGUGAGUUUAAAAAUUGGAUAAAAUCGUACUUUUUUUUUAUUUAUUCAGACUAAUUAGUGAGCGACCAUCCUAAAAGUUACAUGAAAAUCAUAGACAAUGGUACCGGUUCUGAAACGUCGUUUUCAAAAUCUAACCUAAACCUAGUAUUUUAAUACGAUAGUUUCGCGAAAUUACUGUUGUCUUGAACCAUCGUUAACUAAGUUUAUAAUAAUUUUAAUUUAAAUAUUAAAUUGAAAUUUUAAAUUUAGAGAUAGGAAUAGAGAAUUGGCGCUUCAGAAUCGACGCAAAUGUGCAAAAAAAAAAUAGACGCAAGUCAUGUGGUAUACAAAUAUACCAGACUUCUUAUUCUCGCUUCAUUACUAGUGACUAAAGUAAGAAGUAGGGAUAUAUAUAUAUAUAUAUAUAUAUAUAUAUAUAUAUAUAUAUAUAUAUAUAUAUAUAUAUAUAUAUAUAUUGGCCCACUAACAUAUAUGAAAAAUGGAAAUUAAUGAAGAUAUCUGACCGGUAUAGGCGAUAUCGUAAUGAGAUGAUGUUUUUCUCCGCCAUCAGUGUCCAGAGGAACCCAAUAUAUAGAUAUCGGUACGAUACCGGUAUUACCAUACCUAUCCAUAAGUGUACAUUAAUAUGGACCGUUUAUUUUGAAAGUGUGUAAGUCCAUUUUCUUUUGUUUUGGGAAAAUUAAAGGUUACUAUAUUUGUUGAUUUAAAAAUACAGGCAAAUCAUACGAGGUCUGGCAUUGUUUCUAUUGUUUUAUCAACAUUUAAUUUGUUUAUAUAAAUUUGUUUUUGGCUAAUUAGACUACGAAAACACAUAUUUAUGUGCUGUAAAUGGACUUACACCACUUUCAGAAUAAACGGUCCAUAUAUAAAAAUUAUAUCUAAAAUUUUCUAGUAAAACCUAACAUUUACAAACUUAAUAGUAAAAGUCCGAAAUGUUAUGUAUUUAUAUUUAGUUAUGAAUCCGAUUUGGGGCUUUUACUGUAACAUUUAUAUAUACACAACACUAUAAAUAACAUAUGGUAAAUAAAUUGAAAAUGGAUUAAAAGGAUGUAUCCAAAGCCGUAAACCUAUCAAAUAAAAAAUAAAAAAAAAAAAAUUAUACACAGCUAUUGUUCUAGUUCUAAGAAACGAUAGAAAUCUUGUAACUGGCUGUCGCAUGUUGUUGAUGCGCUGAUUUAUUGUUGUGACAUUUUUUUUUCUUUUUGUAAAUUAAAGACCUGUAAUGGAGGCCAGUAACUGUUGAGAGUUUUAUGCAUUUAUUUUAUAAUAAAACAAGUGAAAAAUUA